CAAUGGCAACAGUUGGUAAGCCGCAUGCAGUUUGUAUACCAUAUCCAGCUCAAAGCCAUAUAAAAGCAAUGCUGAAACUAGCAAAGCUACUCCAUCAUAAAGGUUGUCAUGUGACUUUUGUCAACACAGAGUUCAACCACAAACGAUUCCUCAAAUCUGGAGGACCUAAUUUUCUAAAUGGCUUACCGGAUUUCAGAUUUGAAAGCAUCCCCGACGGCCUUCCUCCAUCAGACAUUGACGUUGCCCAAGAUAUCCCUUCUCUUUGUCUGUCAGUGAGGAAAUAUUGUUUGGCUCCAUUUGUUGAUCUCCUCUCAAAACUUAGUGAUAGCACAUCUCUGAACAUCCCUCGAGUGACCAGCAUCGUCUCCGAUGGUUUUAUGACAUUCACCAUAGACGCCGCUGAAGAACUCGGAGUCCCCAUAAUACAGUUCUGGACACUCUCUGCAUGUGGUUUCAUGGGGUUUUAUCAACUUCACAAUCUCUUGGAAAAAGGUUUUACACCUCUUAAAGAUGCAAGCUAUCUGACUAAUGGGUACUUGGACACCGUUAUAGAUUGGAUUCCAGGUAUGAAAGGUAUACGUCUGAAGGAUAUUCCUUCCUUUGUACGAACAACUGAUCAGAAUGAACCAACAUUUAACUUCGUCAUGGAAGCUGCACAAAGGUGUUCUAAAGCUUCAGCUAUUAUUGUUCAAACUUUUGAUGCAUUAGAGCCAGAACUUGUAGAUGCUCUCUCUUUUAUGUUUUCCCAUGUUUAUACCAUUGCCCCUCUGCAAUUAUUUCUGAAUCAAAUAGCCAAAGAAGAUGGUCUGAAUUCCAUUGGAUACAGUCUAUGGAAAGAAGAUUCAAAGUGUUUGCAAUGGCUCAACUCCAAGGAAACCAACUCUGUGGUUUAUGUGAAUUUCGGUAGCAUUACAGUCAUGCCCCUGCAAUUAUUAGUGGAGUUUGCCUGGGGACUUGCUAAUAGUAACCACUACUUCCUGUGGAUAAUUAGGCCAGGUUUGGUCAUGGGUGAUUCAGCAAUCCUGCCGCCUGAAUUCAUGGCUGUAACGACAGAAAGAGGUUUUAUAACAAGCUGGUGCCCACAAGAGCAAGUCCUUAACCACCCAUCAGUUGGGGGGUUCUUAACCCAUGGUGGAUGGAAUUCAACUAUUGAGGGCUUGUCCAACGGAGUGCCCAUGAUUUGCUGGCCAUUUUUUGCUGAUCAACAGACAAAUUGUAGGUACAUGUGCACUAAAUGGAACAUUGGCAUGGAGAUUGAUAAUGAUGUCAAGAGAGAUGAAGUGGAGAAGCUUGUAAGACAGUUAAUGGAGGGAGAGCAUGGCAAGAGAAUGAAAAACGAGGCUUUAGAGUGGAAGAGGCUGGCAGAAAAGGCUACAAGUUUAGAUGGGUCAUCCUCUCUAAAUUUAGACGAUAUGAUCAGCAAAUUUGUACUACCAAGAAACUAGUUUUUUUCAAUUUGAAUGUGGAUGAUAUAUCAGUCAUCUUCUUGUGCCCACUCCGAAUUUGAAAUAAACUUGUUGCAAAAGCAGCAUUAAUUAUUAUUAGGAAUAAUUGCAAUGGC